GUGCUGCGGUGCGGCGUGGCUCGGGCGCGCGCGGUCGGGAAAAGCUACCCUUGAUCUUCCGCGGUCGCGGCGGCGGGGAUGGGCGUCGGCGGGGAGAAGUUCCAGCUGGGGACGGUGGGGGCGCUGAGCCUCUCCGUGGUCUCCUCCGUCUCCAUUGUCAUCUGCAACAAGGCCCUCAUGAGCUCCCUCGGCUUCACCUUCGCCACUACCUUGACGAGCUGGCAUCUUCUGGUCACAUUCUGCUCCCUCCAUGUAGCAUUAUGGAUGAAGCUCUUUGAGCAUAAGCCUUUUGACUCGAGAACUGUCAUGGGAUUUGGGGUACUCAAUGGCAUCUCCAUUGGCCUCCUCAACUUGAGUCUUGGCUUCAAUUCUGUUGGAUUUUACCAGAUGACAAAGCUGGCUAUCAUCCCAUGCACUGUUAUUUUGGAGACUCUUUUCUUCAGGAAGAAGUUCAGCCGGAGUAUCCAACUGUCCCUUUCUGUGCUCCUCUUUGGUGUUGGCGUUGCAACAGUGACUGAUCUGCAACUCAAUGCUGUGGGAUCCAUAUUGUCCUUGCUGGCAAUCAUUACAACCUGCAUUGCACAAAUUAUGACGAACACUAUCCAAAAGAAGUUCAAGGUUUCUUCAACCCAACUACUAUACCAGUCUUGCCCUUAUCAGUCACUGACCCUCUUCCUUAUUGGUCCAUUCCUUGAUGGAUUUUUGACUAACCAAAAUGUAUUUGCAUUUGACUACACAUCCCAAGUUGUGUUUUUCAUUGUAUUAUCAUGCUUGAUAUCCGUCUCAGUGAACUUCAGCACUUUCCUUGUGAUCGGAAAGACGUCUCCGGUCACUUACCAAGUCCUGGGCCAUCUUAAAACAUGCCUAGUUCUGACCUUUGGUUAUGUUUUGCUUCAUGACCCAUUUAGCUGGAGAAACAUACUUGGCAUCCUAAUUGCAGUAGUUGGAAUGGUCUUGUAUUCAUACUUUUGCACACUGGAGACCCAGCAAAAAAACGUCGAAGUCUCCCCACAACAGGUGAAAGAAAGCGAUUCGGCUCCUUUGAUCUCAGACUCUCUGAGUAAAGUUGAGAACGGAGGUGGAGUGGUUGAUGAUGAGCCUCUGAAGGUACCGAUGUGGAGCUCAAAGUACUCGAGGGCGUGAAAAUAUGUUCCUUUAGACGAUGGCAUUAUACAGGAUUCAAUUUAGUAGGCAGAUAGUAGGGUUGAAAACCAACCCACGUUGUAAUGAGCAUUUCAGUUACAUUUUUGGGUUUAUUUAACAUUACUAUCUAGUAUCUACUAGCAGUAAAAGGGUCUGAAUCUUGGAGGAUUUUACCUUUGAGAUAGCAGAUCUGCCUUGAAACUAGACAACAGAUAUUGUAUGAUUGUAUCUGGAUAUGCUCCACAUCUUUCUCACUGUAACUUCCUAUGGGAACACAGAUCCACAGAUAGACUUCAUUCUUUUGUACCAAAGAUCCAGAGAACUAGACAUCUGCAUGGUUCAA